CUCGAUGAUGUCGGUCUAUCUGUACUCUCAUUUCCGGCUAAACGGCUGAACCAUUUGGAACAAAAUAUGGUUCAUCAUUCUGGAUUUUCCGUUCUCACACCACUUAUGACGAUCGUAGAAACCGACUCAUAUAUAAAUGCUUCCAAACUGGUUUUUGCAUUGAUUCGUGAUACUGCUACGUAUCGUAACCGCAAAAUGUACGUUGUUUUCUUAUUAAUGUUUACUGUGUCAUUUGCUGAUAGUGAUAACGUAGUUGAAAAUAGCACUAGGAUUAUCGAUGUUAAUUCUCAAGAUCCCAAUGGCGCCGUGCCUUUGCAUCUUGCUGCCAAUCGAUGCGAUACAAAUAAAGUGCAAUGGUUAAUUAAUAAUGGCGCAAUGGUUAACAUUCGAAACAAUGCACGAGAUCUUCCGUUACAUGUAGCCGUGAACAAAGGUUGCUUGGACGUGGUAGCAAUCUUGGUGGAAGCUGAGGAAUUUCGUGGAGCUAAUAAAAACGUGAAAGAUCGAAAUGGAAACACUCCCCUUCAUUUGGCCGUCUAUGGAAAAAACCCGGAAAUGGUUAAACUUUUAAUGACGAAAACGGUCGAUAUAGAAACACGCAAUGAAAUUCAAGACGUUCCACUUAUAACGGCAGUUUGGCUUGGUUUUAGAGAGGUUGCUGGCUUAUUGAUAAAGGGAGGUGCGAACAUAAACGUGAAAAAUAAAGACAACAAUACGCCUCUCCAUCUGGCAGUGACAAAAAAUGACAUCGAAAUGGUUAAGUUACUUCUUGGCAAAGGAGCAGAUACCGAAGCAUUGAACAAAAACGGAGACGUUCCUCUCAUUACAGCCGCGUGGAAUGGUUUCGUAGAGGUCGCCUCUCUUUUGAUAGACGGCGGAGCAAACAAAAAUGUCAAAGAUCACGAUGGAAAUACUCCCCUUCAUGUGGCGGCACAUAAAAAUUACGCGCAAUUGAUUACGAUGCUGAUAGCCAAAAAAGUUGAUUUGGAAGUUAAGAACGAUAUUCGAGAUACCCCUCUGAUAACGGCAGUUUGGCGGGGUUUUAGAAAGGUCACUCGUCUGCUAAUAGAGGGCGGAGCGAAUAGGAAUGUCGGAAAUAAGGAUAACAAUACCGCUCUUCAUUUGGCAGUGUCGAAGAACAACAUCGAAAUGGUUAGGUUGCUGCUCGAGAAGAAAGUGGACACGGAAGCGGUGAAUAAGGAUCAAGAUGUUCCACUUACUAUGGCGACUUUCAAUGGAUUUGUAGUAAUAAUUUCGCUUUUAAUGGAUGGUGGUGCUAACAAAAAUGUUCAAAACCGUGAUGGUAACACUCCACUUCAUUUGGUUGUUUAUAACAACGACAGAGAAUUGGUGAAGCUCUUUAUAGGAAAGAAAGUUGACCUUGAAUUAAAAAAUAACAUUGGAGACACUCCGUUGGUAACGGCCGUUUGGUGGGGAUACAAGGACGUUGCGCGUUUGCUUUUAGAAGGGGGAGCAAAUGUAAACGGAGGAAACCGAGAUAACAGUACACCUCUUCACCUUGCAAUUAUUAAAAAUAACACAGAAUUAGUCAAUCUGCUUCUUGAGAAGAACGCGGACGUUGAGGCCGCCACCGGGGACGGAAGUGUUCCACUCAUGACUGCCACGUCGAAUGGUCUUCAGCAACUAGUCUCCCGCUUAAUAGAACGUGGCGCCAAUAAGAACGUUCAGGACCGAAAUGGAAAUACUCUACUUCAUUUGGCCAUUUUCAAUAGUGACGAGGAAAUGGUAAAACUACUACUCUCGCAAGGAGUCGACAAGGACAGGAAAAGUGUCAACGGAGAUUCCCCCGUCCUCGCAGCAGUUUGGCUGGGUUUUAGAGGAAUUACUCGUCUAUUAAUAGAAGGGGGAGCAAACAAGGACAUUGAAAAUAGAGAUAACAACACACCUCUUCAUUUGGCGGUGGUUAAAAAGGACGUCGAAAUGGUUAGGUUACUUCUAGACAUGAAGGUGGACACCGAGAUCCCCAACAAAGACAGAGAAGUGCCUUUGACUACGGCCGCAUGGAAUGGCCUUGAAGAAAUUGUCUCCCUUUUGGUAGAAGCAGGUGCCAAAAAACAUGUCACAAAUAAGGAUGGAAAUACACCACUCCACUUAGCAGCUUUACGAUGUUACCCUUCUUUGGUAAAAUAUCUAAUUAACGUUCAAUUUCCUCUUGAUAUUAAAAACAGGGAUGGAUUUACUGCAUACAAGGUAGCCGUCAAUCAUUGCGCCGAUGUACUGCCCUUGUUUACAGUUGGUGUGGAUAAUUAAUUACUUCAUUGCUUGUGCUUUGUGCAUAAAGACUCGUUUUGUUUAUAUAUCUUUUUUACUUUGGUGUUAUGUCAAUAUCAUACUUUGUAUUAAAAACAAUUUUAUAAAGUUCAGAUUUAUUUAUUAUCAGCUGCAACAUUCCAAAUAUAAUUAUUGGGCGACCUCAAGACUUUAACACUUUAACUUAUUUUUUGUUGUUUGUAUUUUUUAAUUAUUUGUUUUCUAAAUGAAUUUUCAUGUUAUUUAUGCAAUCUUGUUCUAUAUGUUUCAUGUAUUUUAUGUUUAUGUUUUAUACGAUUUUCGGACUAGUGUAAGCAUUUCUUCAAUAUAUUAACACAAUCAAUUACUA